CGGCAAGCUACCGGUGCAUACGGGCAUGGCUGCGAGCUGCACUCGUAGGACACACUAGGAGAAGCUGCUAGGAUAUAUAUCAUGGGAACUAUGGCGCAGAGUUCGUCGAACAUCAGAGUCCGGAUACGGUCCGACAAAUCCCACCUUCCAUAAAAUCAAAGGGCAAGUCACGACGCAGAAAGCAACUCGAUCGCAAUGCCACCGACCAAGUCGGUGCGGAAGAAGCCGAGCGUGCACCGGCAGACGCAGUGCCGGAACAACCAGCGCCGGUACCGCGCCGAGGCCCGGGCGCGCCUCGAUUUCCUCCAAGGCGCCGUCGAGCGCCUUGGCACCGAGACAGCCCGCCUCGAAGGCCAAUGCGACUCGCUGUCGCUGGCCGUGCAGCGCCUCCCGCCGCCUUCGUAUGUCUCGGUGGACCUCCACAACAUUGCGCGCUGCCGCGAGUACUGGCUCAUGUUUGAGAACGGCUACGCCAUUCACGAUGCGGCGACGGCGACCGCCCAAUCGGCCAUGCUCCGCAGCCUCAUGCACCACGACGUCGAGGUCAUGGGCCAUCGCGGCAUCGAGAAAGUCCUCUCCAACUGGACGCAGUAUGCGCGCUGGUUUCGGACGCUGCAGAAAGUCGGGUCGGCGUGGGACGUGGUCGGCGUCGACGAGAGCACGCGCAUUGUCACGGGCGUCGGCACCAUCACGCUGCGCAUUGGCCGCGAGACUGUCGGCGCGCUCUGCCCGCAGCUGCUCUCGAACGAGCCCCUCAUGCAGCGCAUCGUCGGCCAAGAGAUCGUGUGCCCAUGCACGCAGCUCUUCUACAUGACGCUCGUUGACGACCGCGUCAUGGUGACGCGCGUCGAGACGGACUUGAACAUGACAGUCGGCCUCCUGACGCUGCUGGGCUCCCUCCACGAUGUCAGCGACGUCAUGACUGGCGUCCAGCUCGCGCCCGACGCCGAGCUCACGUGCUGGAUCCCACCGACGCCGAGCUCGCCGCCGCAGCCCCUUUUGCAGUCCGCCUACGACUGCCGAUAAGACCUUAAUCGAUGGCGCGCACUGCCGUAGCCCGUCUUUUGAACCUCGU